UUAGGAAACCUUUCGUGGAACACCACGGAUGAUCUCCUCCACCAGGCUUUCUCUGCCUACGGCCAGGUUACCGACUGUAUCGUCAUGAAGGACCGUGAGACUGGUCGUUCGCGUGGUUUCGGUUUCGUCACCUACGGUUCCCAGCCCGAGGCUGAGGCCGCGAUCGCCUCGAUGAACGAGCAGGAGCUUGACGGUCGUCGCGUCCGUGUCAACCUCGCCAACGCUCGCCCUGCUGGCGGUGCCGGUGGUGGGGGUGGCUACGGUGGUGGCGGUGGUGGCUAC